AUGUCUCUCUCUGAAAAAGAAGAAGAACUCCCAACAGAAGACAAACCAGGAUUCCCAUGUAAAUGGCAAGACUGUGAAGUAGACAUCUUUCCCCUGUUGACGGGAUUAGUGGACCAUCUCAACACAAAUCAUUUGGCCCAUAUGGCACACUUGACACCAACGACUCCUAUCAGAUACACCUGCCAAUGGCAAGGCUGUCCUCGUUUUGGCAUUGAACAACCUUCACGUUUCGCUCUCAUUUCCCACUGUAGAACCCACACCGGUGAGAAACCGUAUUUUUGUCCUAUUCCCGAAUGCGAGAAACACUUUACAAGGUCAGAUGCUCUUGCCAAGCACGUCAAGGGAGUUCAUGAUUUGCACACUAUAAAAGACGCUGUGAACUCUAUCAGAGACAAGUAUGCCAAAGGAACUUUGUCAGCUGUAGCUUAUGACUGGCUCGAACUAGAUGAAUUCAAUGAAGAUAUGUAUCUCCGCUUAGUUGAAGAGGAUUAUGAGUACAAGAACCCAUGGUGGUAUUCUCAGAAGUUCUUGGACGUCUUGAAGGAAGGAGGAGUUCAUCUGGUAGGGUAUGAAGAUGAAGAUGAAGAAGAAGAAGAAGAAGACGAAGACGACGACGACGACGAUGACGACGAGGAAGAAGAUGGAGAUGAUGACGAAGACGAGUAUGAUGGUUCGGUUCACAAACACAGUAAGAAAACUCUCACUGCUGGAGGCAGCAUAACUGCCGAUGUUUUCUUCAACUUGCCUUACAAUUUCACCCAGCACAAGAUAGCCGCCAUACGGUACCAAAACUAUUUUGCAGAAGAUGAUGGCGAAGAUUUACUUACGGGUGAAGACGAUAACAACAAGACAAUUAAUCUCGUCAAGAGACAACAACACCACGACAGCCCAAGUAGAAAACACAAGGACGUCAAUUCCAAUUCUUUACACAAAUUGCUCAAACUGAAAGCACGAGUGUUGAAGACAGGUUACCCAGCUAUAGAGACCCCAGAUGUAGAAGACAUCGAUGAUCUUGCCGAGUUGAAGUCGCUCCAUGCCAAGUUGACUAGCCAGCUCAACACUGCCUCUAAGAUUAACAAGGUCGUGGGAAAGCAGCUUUCUGUCUCCAUAAAGCAGAAGCGUAAGCUCUGGUUGAUCAACCAGUUGUUGAUAGAUGGCAACUUAGAAGCUGGGCUUCCACUCAAAAGGCUGACUGAGCCCCAGCGCGUUGCCAGAGACGCUGUAGAUAGAGAGUUAUUGAGAACCACCUGA